AUGAUCAAAAUUACAUGUAACCGGGCACCAAACUAUUCGAGCAUUCUAUAUGGGUCAAUCAGCAGUGCCAUCGACUCAGCAUCAACCAUUGAAGGCACUCUCGAGCGCGACGUCCCCGGCGCAGGGAAGCUCUGCACGACGUGGUACAAAGUCUACGGUGAUCUCAAGUCAGGCGUAACCCCCCUCGUAGCCCUCCAUGGGGGCCCAGGCAUUCCGCACGACUACCUCAUCUCGCUCGCGGACCUCACCGCUCUGUACGCGAUCCCGCUUGUGCUCUACGACCAGCUCGGGUGUGGAAAUUCCACACACCUGCCCGAGAAGAGUGGGGACGGCGCGUUCUGGACGGAGGACCUCUUCCUUGCCGAGCUCGAUGCGCUGCUGAAGCAUUUGGAGAUACAGGAUAACUAUGACCUGCUUGGGCAUUCAUGGGGCGGCAUGUUCGGUGCACGUCAUGCGGUGCGCCAGCCGAAGGGCCUGCGUCGUCUUAUCAUCUCCGACACCCCCGCGGCUGCAAAGCUGUGGGUCGAGUCGGUCAGCGUACUGCUCAAAACGCUGCCUAAGGAGACACAGGAAACUCUGCUUAAGCACGAGGCUGCCGGGACGUACGACGCGCCGGAGUACAAGGAGGCCGUGUUCGCGUUCUAUAAGAAGUACAUGUGUAGGCUUGAGACGUGGCCCGAAGCGCUCACAGCGGCCUUUGGGCUCAUGGAAGAGGAUCCGACUGUGUAUAUGACCAUGUGGGGAUCGUCCGAGUUCCAUGUGAAGGGCACCUUAAAGGGGUGGAGUAUUUUGGACGAGCUCCACAAGAUCAGCGUGCAGACGCUGCUCCUCAACGCCCGCUACGACGAGGCGCAGGACGUCUGCGUUCAGCCGUUCUUCAAGGGCAUUUCGAAGGUGAAAUGGUACACAUUCGCGGAGUCCGGCCACAUGCCGCACUGGGACGAGAGAGAGCAUUACGUGGAGGUCGUCGCUGAGUUCUUGAAACAGUGA